AUGAGCGAAAAGCAAGCAUUUAAAUGGAAUGAGGAGGGAAAGAAAUCAUUUGAAUCAAUAAAGGAAGCUAUUGGUAAUGUACCUGUUCUGGUUAAUCCAAAUUUUAAAAAAGAUUUUAUUAUCAAUUGCUAUGCCUCAGAGCAUACUAUGUCAGGGAUUUUGUUGCAGAAGAAUGAGGAUAAUGAAGAAGUUCCAAUAUCUUUCAUGAGCGUUCCCUUGAAGAAACAUGAUUUGAAAUAUUCCCUGAUGGAAAAACAAGCAUAUGCGCUUGUAAAAGCUGUAAAACAAUUCAGAUAUUAUAUUCUUCACUCUAAUGCAGUUGUUUAUGUGCCUCACUUUGCAGUCAAGAGCAUUUUGACACAACAGGAUAUAGGAAUGAAUAAUAGAGCUUCAUGGGUGUCCAAGAUUCAAGAGUUCAAUUUGGAUAUUAAACCUACAAUAUUGGUGAGGGGGCAGGGUUUGUGCAAGUUGAUUGCUGAAAGUAAGAGUGAAGUGAUUGAGGAAUUGACCUUAGUCUUGUUUGUCAGACUUCAAGAUUCUUGGUUUGCAGAUGUCGUGUACUAUUUGACCUAUGGGGAUUGCCCAAUGCAUCUUUCUCUAAGAGAAAAAUGGAGCGUGAUACUAAAGGCUUCCAAAUAUGUCAUUUUUAAUGAUGUAUUGUAUAAAAGAGGUAUGUUCAAAGAUGCAUAUGCAUGGGUAGCCAAGUGUGAGAAAUGUAAAUUAUUCACAAGUAAGCCGCAACUCGCAGCAUUACCACUUCGACCAGUGAUUGUGGAUGAACCAUUCAAACAGUGGGGUUUGGAUUUUAUAGGUCCUUUGAUGCCUACUUCAAGUGUAGGGCACACACAUAUACUGAAAACCACAAAUUAUUUUACCAAAUGGGUUGAAGCUAUUCUGGUGCGGAAGACGACUUCUAAGGGGAAUGGUCAGGCGGAGUCCAGCAAUAAAAAUCUCAUAAAUAUUAUGAAGAAAUUGGUGAGUGAAAAUUUCAAAGAUUGGCAUAAGAAAUUGUAUGAAGCUCUUGGGGUGGAUCGUACAUUACCAAAAAGAGCUACUAGGAUGUCACCAUUUGAAUUGGUUUCUGGCAUGGGUGCUCAGUUGGCAAUUCCUUUGGAACUUGCGGCAAUCAAGUUACAGACCGUCAUUGAGGAUGCCUAUUUUUAG